AUGGAUCACUUCACUGCCUAUUCUCAUUUUCAAAUAGAGUUUGCUACUCCACCACCUUCUCAUGCUCCUAACAUCCUUUCAAGCAAUACUCUUUCGGUGUCGCCUGUUGAUUGUUCUUGUGCUAAUUCACCUAAUUGUAGUUUCUCGAGUCCAUCAAGGUCAUACAAUCAGAUGCUAGAAUAUCAAAGAGAGAUUUUAUCGCCUUUACCGGACUCCUGUUAUGACUCCUGUCAGUCUAGUAAUACAGGUGUCAUCCCUUUAUUAACGCCACCCACUUCGGAACCUUAUUCGUAUUAUCAGCAAGAGCAAGAUUUGGCUUACAAGUAUUUCAAUAAUAGAAAUUAUUCAUUGGAUAUGAUGUACUGCUUAGAAGCAUCACCUGCCCUUACAGAACCACCAUGUUAUCCCGGAUGUCAACAUCCAUUUGUACAAGCCUAUGGUUCUAUGUUCUAUGAUCCUGCUUUUGACUCUGCUUCUUCCCCUCCCCCUCCUCCACCACAACAUGUAUACAGACACAACAAUAAAAGACGAUAUACCAGUAGAAACAGUUUAGAUUCUUUAUCUACUACUUCUUCCUCAUCAAGACAAAGUCAAGAAAAAUCAAUGCCAGGAUCUCCUUCUCCAUCUUCUGUUGCCUGUAGUUCUGUCACAUCAAGCCAAGCCCCCAGAAGAUACAAAUGCACACUCUGCGUCAAAAGAUUCACUCGUCCAAGUUCUUUGGCAACUCAUAUGCAUAGCCAUACAGGAGAAAAACCUUAUAAAUGUGUGGUUGAAGGAUGUGGAAGACGAUUCUCGGUAGUUAGCAACUUACGUCGUCACUCCAAAAUCCAUACAGCAGCAGUAACAACAACCAAUAGUAAAUAA